AUGUCGACGAGCACGACGAUCAACUCGUCGUCGUACGACACCAUCCUGCUGCACCUCUCCAAGCACCCGACCGCGACCGUCUUUGGCUUCCUCCUCGGUCGGCCGAGCGCCAGCGGCAACGGUGUCGAUGUCGAAAAGGCCGUGCCGCUCUCGCACCACUGGACCUCACUCGCCCCCAUGGCCGAAGUCGGCCUCGCACUCACGACGACCUUCGCCGAGUCGCAGGGUUUCGAGAUCGUCGGGAUCUACGAGGCGCCUCGGGAUGUAGCGGAACGCACCCCUUCCGGGCACGCGCUGCGUCUGGCCGAAAAGGUCGCGUCGAUGACCAAGGGUGGUGAAGCCACGCUGCUGCUCGUCAACAACUCGACCCUCCUCGUACCCACCAACCACUCCCUGCUCCACUUCACCGUCUCGGCGCCACCAGCAACGGGGAGAUCCGCUUCGGCGGCAGCGGCGACGACGCUGCCGGCCGCGACACCCAAGUACAGGAACCACGCUUCCACCUCGAUCUCGUUUUCGCGCGGCGAGUCCAUCGCCCAGAUCGUCAAUGGCGCAAGGGAAAAGGUCGCAAAGCGGGCGUGGACCCACCUGGUCGACUUUGACGACCACCUCGAGAACCCCACCCUGUCCUGGUUGACGCAACCCGCCACCGUCGUCGCCUAG